AUGGAUGAGGUUGAUUUGGUGAGAGGUUACCACCAGGUGCCGGUCCGUCGCCAGGACGUCCCCAAGAUGGCGGUCAUCACUCCCUUUGGACUGUUUGAGUUUUUGAGGAUGCCUUUUGGCCUGAAGGGCGCGGCACAGACGUUUCAGCGUCUUAUGGACUCUGUGUUGCGAGAUAUGCCUUUCCUCUUCGUGUAUCUAGACGACGUGCUGGUGGCGAGUGCUUCGGUGGAGGAGCAUAUGUCACAUCUUCGCCAGCUUUUUGAGCGCCUCAGUCAGCACGGACUUAUCGUCAACCCUGCUAAGUGUCGUUUUGGACUGUUGGAGAUCGAGUUCCUGGGACACCGUGUGUCACGGCAGGGUGCGGUGCCUCUUCCUGCUAAAGUCGAGGCGGUUUUGGCUUUUCCUCGCCCCUCCUCUGUGAAGCCCCUACAGGAGUUUUUGGGCAUGGUUAAUUUUUACAACCGUUUCAUCCCUCGGGCAGCCCACAUUAUGCACUCGUUGUACGAUGCCUUAAAGGGUAAAAAGGGUAACCAGGACAUUGAGUGGACCCAGGAGAGGUCACUGGCGUUUGAAGAAGCUAAAACAGCGCUUGCCGAGGCCGCCCUUUUGGCCCAUCCCAAACCUUCUGCGCCCAUCGCCCUUACCACUGACGCGUCCGAUUAUGCCGUCGGUGCGGUUUGCGAACAGUGGUCGGAUGGACACUGGCAGCCACUGGCGUUUUUCAGUAGAAAGUUGCGCGACUCAGAAAGAAAGUACAGUACAUUUGACAGGGAGCUCCUGGCCCUUUUCCUUGCCACACGCCAUUUCCGGUUCCUCUUAGAGGGCCGGGAGUUCACCGCUUUUGUCGACCACAAGCCGCUAACGUUUGGUAUGGCUAAAACUUCUGAACCAUGGUCAUCUCUACAGCAACGGCAUCUUUCUGCCAUUUCCGAGCUCACGACUGACAUUCAACACGUGGCUGGUAAGAACAACCUGGUUGCGGACUGCCUCUCUUGUGCACCGGUCGCUACUGUGCAUCUGGGGAUCGACUACGCGGAGAUGGCUGCGGACCAGCUGACGGAUUUGGGAGUGCAGGGGCUGCGCACUGCUGACUCUAGUUUGAAGUUGGAGGAUGUUGAUUUUCAGAACAGCGGGGCGGCCCUCCUUUGCGACAUCUCUAUGGACAGGCCGCGCCCGGUGGUCCCUGCUACCUGGCGCCGUCGCAUUUUUGAUGCUGUGCACUCCCUGUCACACCCCGGAGUUAAAGCUUCCGUUAAGUUGGUGGGUGCCAGGUUCGUGUGGCCCGGUCUCAGGAAGGAUGUUAAGACUUGGGCCUCUACGUGUGUGGCGUGCCAGCGCGCCAAGGUGCAGCGCCACGUUAAAGCUCCGUUAGGGCCUUUUUCUGUCCCUGAGAGGCGUUUUGAGCACGUUCACGUGGAUCUUGUCGGUCCUUUUCCGCCGUCCCGUGGCUUUACUCACCUGCUGACCAUGGUGGACAGGACCACACGGUGGCCCGAAGCAGUUCCUCUAUUCGUGGGUGUCUCGGUUCGGUGUGCCUUUGGACAUGACAUCUGA